AUGCGGCACCGGGUUUGCUUUUUCGUCACCUCGUUAACGCUUUUCGCGUGGUCGACCACCCAUGAGCUCAUGCAGAGUCCCGACGUUGAGAUCGAAGCCCUUGAAGACGAUCCAUUCGAGAAUCGAAGCUUCGUUGAAGGAUCCUCGAAAAAGUUGACAGAGUAUUUGUUGAAAAGGCACAAUCCAAGCGCUCCACCGGAUGGGCGGUUGAUUGUCGAGUACGAGAUGGAGAUCGUCCACAUUCUAGGAAUUGACGAGCUAAAGCAAACGAUGACCGUGCUGGUUUACGUGGAUGAGCGCUGGCAUGACCCGUCGCUCGCGUGGAAUCCCGACGAGUUCGGCGGCAUCACGAAGACGUGGUUGCCGUUGGAGAAGAUUUGGAUCCCCGACAUCAUCAUUUUCAAUAUGGUUAGGCUCGACCACGAGGAUCUCCUGACCGCGGUGCGCGCGCCGGCACUCAUUUUGCACAAUGGUUCCGUUGAGACGUCGAAGCCGUUCGUUUCCACAGUCAGUUGCGAAAUCCACAUCGAGCACUUCCCGCUCGACGAUCAGAAUUGCUCGCUUGAGAUUGCCUCCUGGGUUUACGGGAAAGACAAAAUCAAAUUGCACGGGCACAAAGAGCACGCCACCGAUCACUACACGACGAACGAGGAGUGGAAUUUGUUGAGGGUACGUGUGCAAGAGCGCGAGUUCGAGCACGAGGGCAUCAACGUGAGCGAGAUCAAGUACGAGGUGCACGUGAAAAGAAAACCCUUGUUUUACAUGGUCACGCUCACUUUUCCCUCGUACAUCAUGUGUGCAAUCUCGAUCGUUGGACUUUUUGCAAGGUUUUCGACGACGGGAGAAAGAGAGGAGCGCUUCACCCUUGGCGUCACGUCGAUCUUGACGAUGGCCGUGCUGUCGCUGGUGGUCAGUGAAAAGGUGCCGCACAGCUCGACGGCUGUACCAUUGUUGGUUGCCUACUUUCUCUUCAACAUGGUGAUCGUCAGUGUUGCGGCAAUGACAACCGGGAUUGUCAUGAGAGUUCAUCGACUUGGCCGCUACGGCAGAGAGCCCCCGCAUUGGUUGCUAUACAUUUUUCUCUUGAGACCGAAAAAGUACACGAAAGUUCGCCGAUCACCAGACUCACCCUUCCAUCAGCUCGUCGCCGCGCACGAGCGAAACGGUGCGCUCAUUGACCCGACUCAGCGAAAGAUCAAAUUAAUAGAGGUGUUUAUCAAGCGAUUGAUCGACGCUUGCGAGAAUAUACAGCUACAAAUGGACGAGCUCGACAUUCACGAGCAUGUCUCGCAAAAGAAAAAGCAAGAAUCGAAUGGAUAUGUGCGCAUCGCGGAACGUCUCGAUUUGAUUUUUAUGACAAUUUUUCUUUCGCUCGUCACCGUGCCCGUGAUGCUCCUUUUCUAUUGGACAAAGAAAAUGUACUCGUUGCCGAGUUUAGGCGAUUCAAAACAU